AUGUUGCUGCGUCUCCGGGGCCCUGACGGCAUGGCCCGUCUGACCGUCGAGCCGACCGCCACCUUUGGAGAUCUGGGGAAACAGCUUCUCGAUCAGCUCCCCAAGACAGUCGACCCGACCACCAUUUCUCUGUCAAACGCACCCAACGGAGGCGACUCGAAGCGGCUGGCCGACAUCAUCAACUUCAAGGUUGGCCAGAUCGGCCUCAAGCACGGCGACCUCAUCUUCCUCAGCUACAAGCAUGCCGACACCACCAACGGCGACCUCGCGGCUUCCAACACCUCAGCCAGGCUCAACGGAAAGCCCGUCCUUCCCACCGAAGACCUACCCAUCAACCCGAAACCCGAGAGAAUCGCCAGGCCAUGGGAGGUGGUCCGUCAGUCGGCCCUCGACGACCGGUUAGAUCGAUUAGAUGGAAAGAUUCCCCGGGGUCGUGAUCGCAUGUGCCGCCAUGGCCCAAAGGGCAUGUGCGACUACUGUCAGCCUCUGGACCCCUUCGACCAGGGCUACCUAGCAGAGAAGAAGAUCAAGUACCUAUCCUUCCACUCAUACCUACGAAAGAUCAACGCCGCCACGAACAAGCCCGAGCUGGGGGCCUCGUACAUUCCUCCCCUCGUCGAACCUUACUAUCGAGUCAAGCACGAAUGCCCAUCCGGUCAUCCCGCAUGGCCUGAGGGUAUCUGCACCAAGUGCCAGCCCAGCGCCAUCACUCUACAGCCUCAGCAAUUCCGCAUGGUCGACCAUGUAGAGUUUUCGUCACCUGCCAUCAUCGACAGCUUCAUUGAUACUUGGCGGAAAACGGGUUCUCAGCGCUUGGGUUAUCUCUAUGGGAAGUACGCCGAAUACACCGAGGUUCCGCUUGGCGUCAAGGCCGUUGUGGAGGCCAUCUACGAGCCCCCUCAGGUCGAUGAGCUUGAUGGCAUAACUAUGAACGCAUGGGAGUCACAGAAGGAGAUUGACGCCGUGGCCAAGCAUUGCGGACUGGAACCCGUCGGCGUCAUCUGGACCGACUUGCUGGAUGCUGGCAACGGAGAUGGCUCUGUCAUCUGCAGACGUCAUGCUGACUCGUACUUUCUCUCGUCUCUGGAGAUUACCUUCUCGUCGAGGCUACAAGCACAGUAUCCCAAGUCCUCCAAGUGGAGUGACACGGGCAGUUUUGGUUCCAACUUUGUGACAUGCAUCAUUACAGGCAAUGAGGACGGUGAGAUUUCCAUCUCGUCUUACCAGAUGUCCAACGAGUCAGUCGAGAUGGUACGCGCCGAUAUCGUCGAGCCAUCCGCCGACCCCAACGUGAUGCUCGUGCGAGACGAGGAGGAAGACGAUGGUUCUGUCAGUCGCACUCGAUACAUCCCCGAGGUCUUUUACCGCAGAGUCAACGAAUACGGCGCCAACGUUCAGGAGAACGCCAAACCGUCCUUCCCCGUCGAGUAUCUCUUCGUCACACUAACCCACGGCUUCCCUGCCGAGCCCAAGCCCAUGUUCACCCAGCAAGGAUUCCCUAUCGAGAACCGAGAGUACAUUGGUGAAAGCCAAGAGCAUUCGGCGCUAUCCAAGUUCAUCAAGUCAUCGCCCGGAAAGCAGCCAACGGGACAGGAGGUGUCCAACUUUCAUCUCCUGUGCUUCAUUCACCAGAUGAGCGUCCUCUCCAAGGACGAAGAAGCCCUGCUCUGCCGUGUGGCGAGUCAACACGACCUCGCCGACACUUUCCAGCUCCGUUCCACCGAAGGAUGGCAGACCCUCCAGGCCAUCCUCCAAUCGACUGGUGAGAGAAUCCCCAAACGUCAGCGGGAGUGCGACGAUGAUCCCCAGCCCUCCUCAUCUUCCACGUCGCCCUUCCCACUCCCUGUUCGCGACUCGGGUGAGCCCCUUGCUAAGCGAUUUGCUGCCUUCAGGCUGAACGAGCGCGGUGCCACGUCCGCCCAUCCGUCGCCGCCCUAG